AUUCCAAUGUGAGCAGAGAUGUAACCGCUGUGCGGACUUUAUGUUUCCCAGCCGUGUUCAGCCGCAAUUUCAAGGAAUAAAAUGUCCAACUUGAAGGAGGCCAGCACUUGUCCUGACGGCUACAGGGCUUUAAGCGCGAGUGAGCUAAGGGAGCUUUUACAAAACGACGACAAAAUGGACCAAAUCAUUCGGCUCAAUGAGAAGUUUCAGGAGCUCCAGUUUGACAGGGAGAUGCUGCUGACCUCUAACCGGAGUUUGGCCGAGGAGAGCCUCGCUCGGCGACCUCGCCUUAAUAACGGCAAGCUCCAACUGGCGGAGAAAUACCGGGAACUGUCCAACCUGGCAACCACAUGCUGGGAAAAACAGAGUCAGCUUGAGGCUCAUGUGCAGAAGCACAGCCUGCAGACGGCGCAGAACCUCCUGCAGGAAGAGGUGGCACGUGCAGAGGAGCAUUCAGAGGAGCUCCUGGAGAAGUUCAUGGGGGGAAACGUAAGCCUGGACGAGUUCUUGGACUCCUUCCAAAGCUCCAGGAAGACGUAUCACAUCCGCAGGGCUCAGGCAGAGAAGCUGCAAGAGCUCGCUCAGGCCAGGAAGCAGCAGGGGAAAACCAAGAGAGCGGAGGAGUGCAAAGCCCCGGAGGUAAAGGACUCGGAAAAGCCGCAGGAGCCUCAGCGGCCGAACGGCUUUUUAGCGCAGGGACCUCUUAGAGUGUUCCAAGUACGCUAUGGCCUCACGCCUGCCAUUCUACUCCCUCAUUACCCUGUUUCCCCGCCCGCCUCGGCGCCAUGCCUUCAAAGUAGCGCCCCCACCGCUGAGCCCCAGCUGGGACAGACCCACAUCCUCAGCCCCAGCGCCCCACUUCCAGGACACGGCCACGCGGUGGGCCUCAGGGUUAUCGGACAGCUAUCGGGAGGCUGGCCGGCUAACGGGCGGCCCGUUCGAGUGCAGCAGCUUUACAGGCCGAACCCUCAACAGCCCGAACCGCCGUACCGAUAAGCCGGAGGAGGAGGAGCAAGGGGAGGAUGAAAAGCCGACUCGAGAGGUCUUCCGAGACGUUGGAAGCAAACGGUGGCUGUCACAAUCAUGUAAGCAAAGACUGAUCGAGAGACGGGCAGCGCUGCAGACGUCCGUUUCUGUUCUCCAUCCAUGACACACAAACGUAACACAUCGAGGGAAGGCGAGCAGAGGGAGCGAGGCAGGGAGGGCUAGGGAUGGGCUGUGAUAGCUGGUAAACAAAUCUCUCAUUAAGCCUUUUUUUUAAUUAAAGAACAACAAAAGCAGAGAGAGGAGCCGGCUGCAGAUUCAGCUGGAGGAAAACUUGAUUUGAUGGAGGCUGAAAUGAAAACUUCGGUGUUUGUUCAAAGUUUUAGCUUCACACUCAAACAUUUUCAGGUUCUUAUCCAAAACUUCUCGUACUUUGAUUUUUUUGUGCCAAACUUUCUAACCCUUUGAGAUACAAGUAGCCCAACUCUAUUUUAAAGAAAAAACUAACAAUUUGUUUUUUGGGUUUUUUUAAGCGUGUUAGUUGGUAUAUUUGUUUUUCUCCCACCUGCUGGGACUGGGGAGAACAAUUUUCACAGGCCCUGAUGACUUGGAGAUCUACCCGAGUCACUUGAGCAACUGCAAAAGUUUGCAAGAAAUCGCUAGAUUGAAAUCGGAGAGCCUGAAACAAUUUAAAAAAAUUAACACUGUGCCAUCAACACUGCUGUGUUAGAAAGUUGGAUGUUAGGUGCUUCUCCCCUUCACAGCUGCAGGAACGAAUCUUAAACCUGGAAAUGAGUUUGCACUUCCGGUUCUUCUUAGCUCAAAUUAAGGCCCGUGUUUUACGUGAGCUUUACACUUUUUCCUCGUUUUGUUCCACAACAUAAAAGAUGCCAGUAAAUAGUCCACUCGUGGAUUCUGUGGAAGGGCACCAAACACCCAGCGAGCUUUAGCGGUGAUAGUGUGGUGUUAAAUCUUUUAUAGCCUAAGAUUAUGUUGCUCAAUAAAACAUGAGCUUUUCUCUGUUACAAAUCUUAUUUUUCUGGCUUUUUUGGUUGUUGAGGCACAUACGGCGACAUGAACUUACUGCUUGGCCUGCGAAUUAUGUCGUCUUUUCAAAUUUCUGUAAAAGAAAUGUCUGAAAAAUAGAGCCAGCAGCAGAGCAGAGGGCGAUCGUGGAUAGAGACCUGCAGGAAGAACACGGGCACCAGUUAAAGUGUGAUAUUCAAUAUUUUAAACUCUGAUUCGGGCUGAAGCUUGCAAACAACACCAGUAAAACUAAACAGACAUACAGUCCAGUACAGUUUCAUGAAAGCUGUGUUAGCGUCAUGUUGUUAUAGUCUCGUAUUUACCUGCCAGACUUGUUCAAGUUCAGCUCAGAUGAGUGUUUUUAUCCCCAGUGAUCCGGGCCACUCGUGAAUUUCGCUUAUAAACAAACAUAUUUAUACGACAGGCCGUUCUCUCACCUCUGCAACGCGCCAGCGUGGAGUUGGUGCUGUUUUUUGCCUCGUUAAAUCACCCCGAGCGUUUUAGAGUCGCUGGUGAAGUACAGUAGCCUGCAGCUUUUAAUUAAAUGUGUCACAUACAUUUAAUUAAUAUUUCAUACUUUAUGCUGCUCGGCUCAUGUUUAUUUAAUCAAGCUGCCACUAAAAACAGCAGCUUUUCGUUACUGGAGAUUUGACACUUGAAACGCUAUCGAACCUCGUCCCUAGUGAGAGUUUUAACUGUUAUUUUAAUAUAUUUCAAAGAGAUCGAGGUGAAGCACAGAGUUGCGAAGCACAUCUACAAGCCGGGCGAGACGGACGAGUAUGUCGUCGUUAAUUUGUACAGCCGAGGACAGACGGAGACGCUCUGUCACCGACGUGAACGAUGACAUCAAUAAAGUGGCGUUUAAUAUAAACUCUCGUCAUCUGUCGCCUCAUCGAAUAAAGCGACUUUCAUUCUUCGCGACCGCCGAGCAAAGUUUGAACAAAGGCGCAGCGUAGACCGGAGCAGGUGGUAUUUAUUAAUAAUUCCCAGACUUGAACCUCGCAGUGUUAUUUGCAGUGUCAUGUGUGUUAGAAUCACAGACGAUUACCCAAAGCCUUCUGCCUCACAUCAGUGAGCGAUUUAUUUAUUCAUGUAAAUCCUAUUUUAAAUGGCUGACUUCAAAGCUUCUUGUUUACCGUGCUAAAUGAGGAGCUGCUUCUCCUUUUCAAAGCAGCCCGCUGUUUUCAUUUUUGUUGUUGUUGUUGUUUUAUUUUUUUUCCCCUCUCUCUCCGUCAAACUGAGCUGCAGAGUGAGGCAGACUUGAUCUCUAUGAGAAUGCGAGCCCUCAGUAAAAUGAGAGGAGGUUUGGGAGGUUUCCUUCUUCAUUUUCUCAUCACGCCAUUUUGCAUCAUUUAAAGGAGGGGAAAAGCUUUGCAUUGUAGUUGUAAUGACUCUGCUCUUCAACAUACAUUUCGCUGAUGAAUAACUCAUAAGUACGUGCUUACUAAAGCCUGACGAAGUACAUGAAAAUGCCUUUUUACAGCCCGGCGCCCAGUUACAUGAAGCGCGUCACGGUAUGGGAAGAGUUGUUAUAACUUAAGUGGUGUAUUGGAGGAAACACUUUUAGAUGCACUAGAAGUGUGAAUGGAUUCCAAGGCUCUGAGUUCUUUAACCUUCAAGUGACCGAGUGCUGUGUAUUUAUACAUGUGCGGGAAAACGAGUUCGUCCAUCUACUUCUGCAACUUUUCAUUGUUCUUUAUUGGAACUGGUGCUGCAAAGAUGAUGUAGAGUUCUGUUUUUUAAUGUUAUUUGUUAGAAUUUUUCACUUUUAAUCUCCACAUUUUUUUUUUCUUUCUCUCUUGUUGUUGUGGCUACUACUAGUGACUUGCAUUUUUUUUUUUUAAGUGGAUAAAAGUGAUUUAAAACCAUAAUUAUUAUUAAUUAUUAGAAAAUUUCAUCACAGGUCAAGAAAACCCCACAAACUUGGACAGAGCCGUACAAAAUGUGUUCCCAUGUAGUUAAGAGCUCGGUUGCUUGAGGGUUAAAGGUUGUGUGUUUUGUUUUUGUUUUUUCUGUUUUGUUUUUUACAUCUUUUACAUUAUUUUUUGUUUUUUUGCACAUCAUUUCUGUCCACUAGCAUUCAGUUCAAAAAAGUCGACUCCUGAGAUCUGAAAAUGGUUUUAUCUCACUACAGAGAAGCAGGGAUGUUGUGGUGUGUUUGGGGUAAACGCAAAGCAAAGUUUGCAUGGCGCGACCGAUUGUCGCACAUUUGCAUCCUGUAGCGCUCAGAGAGGCGAAAAUACGUUCUCGUAUGUUUGUCACGGUCAUGUGAGCGAUUAUCUAAUAGAUGUGUAAACGCUGUCCAUUAAAGCAAAUUUUAACCCUAUUCGUUCGACCCCUCCCAUGUGUUCUCCUGAUGCCACAAGUGAUCAGAAAAGGAGGAAAAGCUUAUCGUUUGUGAGCAGCUGGAGAUUCUCUUUUAUAUAAAGACAGAAAAAGGGAGGGAUCUGUAUCUGCUGCAGUCUGGAUUAAAGUAGUUGUCUUGCUUGCUGCUAGUGGCCACAUUGUCCACAUAAAAAAAAUAAGUGACUUCAUUCAUGAGGCAAAACCUCGCUUUGCACUUACUCUGAACACACCAUUAGACUCAAAAUGUCUGGGUAAAAAAUACCGGUCAUUGCUUUAAGAGUGCAAACACCUUUUGUAUCCUGAGAUCUUAGUAUUUUUUUAAUGGUUUAAAAGGUUUGCUUUUGUACUCCUGCUAUUAAAAGGCAACUUGCAGAUGGCGCAUUACCUCUGAUCCAAAUAAACCCGCCUUUUCUCGGCCUUUUCAUUUUAAUGUUUGACUUUUAUGAACUAAUGUGUGUUUGUUUGUUGUUUCCACGUGUCUGUGUUUCUGUUUGUUUUUUAUGCUGUUUGUGUUUUUAUUUAUUGUUGGGAAAACAAUAAAGUAAAUACAACAGACGAGAAGUCGGAGAAAAACACAAGCAGUCACUCUGUUUUAACCUCGCGCGUUCACGUAGGGCUGUUCGAUAUAACGAUAUAUAUCGGAUGACGAUAGAAAAACGUCUAUCGUUUCAUUUUACGCUAUCGUUUGUUUCGUGGUGUCGCAAAAUAAACUGUUUAUGGCAAUAUUUUUUCAUCAUUUUGAUGGUCACUGUAGUGGCUAUAUUAAUUUCUUAAAGUUCUCUCUUUCUCUUAUAUUUAAUAUAACCACACUACGGACGGACAAGCGCUUGUUUUUUAUGCGUUUUCGUUAGCAACAACGACGGUAAAACCACGGCGUGUCCGUUUGUUUAUUUUCCACAUAAACCUUUCACAAUAAAGCUCAAGAUCCUGUUGAGGCUUUUCAAAAUAAAACGAGUCACGUGAAAGAUGCAGAGUAUUUACGGAUGAGAAGCAAAAAAGAGCCGCCAGGUGCUAAAAAAUAAACCUUAGACUCAAACGUUAGAACAGACUUUUCUCCGCAGCAUGCUGUGUAAUAAAUACUUACAAAGAAAACAGUGGCCGUUACAACUUAUGUCUAAAAAUGUAUAGUUCCAUGCAUCAGCUAAAACACUCGACUCCAGGUACACGACGCCCAGCUGGAAACACUUCACGCAAGUCGAGAUGCCCGAGAUUCACAGAAUUUACAGGAAAUGUUACAUUUUUGCAAUUUAUAUCGUUAUAUCGACGAUAGAUUUCUUAAUAUCGGGAUAUGAGAUUUUUGUCAUAUCGCACAGCCCUACGUUCACGGGUCUUAUUUUAUUGUUGUUGAUCGAUAAAAAUCGUGGGAAUAACUCAGAAUUUUAUUUUAAAGUCUGUGUUCAGGUGUUCAAACAUCCAGAACGAUCUAAAAACAGAAAAAGAUACUUUUUUAAUUUCAUUUAAAAUAUUUAAAAGAUGGACCCACCUAAAACCAGGAUUCUGUUUUGAUUGUUGACUGGAUGAAUCUCACCUCGUCUUUCCAUUACUUUUUUUUUCCACAUGUGAUUUCAUGCCUUGGGCCACACUAACUUAAAUGAUA